AUGUCUGAUAAUGUCCCACGACCGGAAUUAGUUAUUGCCAUUGACUUCGGCAUGACAUGCACGGGCGUCGCAUUUUGUAACGUAUCUACUGGAGAGGAAAGACCUCGUUGCAUUAACAAAUGGCCUGGAAGGGGAGGUGCAGUAGUAGACAAGGUCCCAACUGUCCUCGUUUAUCCCAAGAACUCCACCAUCCCCUCUUCGUGGGGUUUCUUCUCCGAACAUCCUGCUGAGCAGAUGAGUGAAGGCAAGGAAUGUAAGGAAUGGUUCAAAACAUAUCUGGAUGAAGAGAGGCUUCAAAUGGCUCUGAAAGACCCAGGAAACAAAGGUAUAUGUCCGGCAUCCAUGCAAGAAGUUGAGAGGCUGUACUGCGAUUUCUUAAGAUACCUGUACCAAACCAUUCAGAAGAAGUUGCAAGGCGAGCUGGCGAAUCGGUGGGAAGAUGCGCAUAUCGAGUUUAUCUUUAGCGUACCAACAACUUGGAAACCGGUUCCGACUGUCGAACGAUUCCGGUCAACAAUCCAGCGAGCUGGUUUUGGCAGCCAUCCCAACCAUCGGGCGGAUAUCGGGUUGACCGAGGCUGAAGCAGCAGCCGUACAUACUUCACGCGAGUUUCCAAGAUUGUUCAAGGAGCGGGACGUCCUGCUGGUUUGCGAUGUUGGAGGCGGGACAACGGAUCUAAGCGUCCUCCGAGUUACUAACACGGCCGGCGGAUCUCUCAGUUUACAACAAAUGGACGUUGUUCAAGGUGCGACAAUUGGAUCUGUUCAAUUGGAUACUGCUUUUGAUACCUGCGUAAGGCAACGGCUCGAUAUGGCAAAUCAAAUCACACCUAUUGGAUUCCGGCCCCAAGAACUGGAUGACAUAGCAUGGAAGAUGGCGAAAGGCAGGGAAUACCAAAAUGCGAAGUGCGAAUACGGUUCCUCGGAUGAUGACACAGAAUACUUUACUGUUGCCAUUCCUGGUCUUCGACCGGACUACGUAAACGUGAAUGUGGGGAUUAGCAACGGAGAAAUGAUGUUCAGGAGAGAUGAGAUACGAAGCUAUUUCGAUGCACAGAUUGCAAAGCUUUAUGAACUCCUAGACAGACAGCUCACCCGCAUACAACAAAAAUUCCCGGAAGAACAAGUGGCCCAUCUCGUGCUCUCGGGUGGUCUUGGCAACUCCGCCUACGUGUACAGACGCCUUCAAGACCGAUACUCGUCCGGGAACGCGCCUUUCCAAAAUGCUCGGGCUCUUAAAGUUAAAGUGGCACCAGAGCCACAGCUAGUCGUCUGCAAGGGAAUUGUAGCUGACAGGGUCCAAAAGCUGAGAACGGGCACAUCAGUACUGAAUUGGCGAUGUUGUCGUGCUUCUUACGGGACACUAGCCAAAGUAGCUUUCAAUCCACAAAACCCUGAACAUUUUGGACGAAGUCCAGUGAAGGACACUUUUGAUGGAAAGCUAUAUAUUCUGGAGUGCAUUAGCUGGUUCAUUAAGGAGGGUGAGCCCGUCUCCAUUGACCACCCGAUCAUCAAGAAAUUUACUCGAAAGUGUCCUCCAGCGUCUCAAUUUAACCCAGAUCCUCCCAGGGUAUUCCAAACCGACAUUGUCACAAGUAACUUGGACAAGGAUUUGCUUCCUCUCGUCAUGAAUUCCUGUACUCUCCCACUCACAAUGUUUAAGCUUAAAAAUAGACAUUGGUGGAAUACGCGAGCAAAGUACCACCGCAUUGAAUACGUCAUCAAGGUCGCACUUGGUGCCGCAGAUAUCCGCUUCGAGCUGUGGCAUAAUGGGCAGAAACUCAGCAAGGACAAUCCGAUCAAGGUUGAAUGGUUUACCGCGGAGCCUCCGCCACAGGGUUUUCAGCAGAAUACGUUCCAUGCGUGGCAGGAACCUACUUUAAAGAUGACGUAGAAUUUAGAAAUUCGGACGGGAGAAGCCUUUGGCAUUCCUUAACUUGUAGUUCUUCAGCCAUCCGUCUGCGCGAACAAAACAUAAUAAAUGCA